CUAGCUAGAUAGCUUCAUAGCUUUACCAAUUGAACUAUUAUUGCAUACUGUGCUCAAACACCCUUCAUGUAGCCUAUAAAUAUGAGAGCUUGAGCAACCAGGCAUUCAGACAAGGAAGGAAAGAAAGAAAGAAAGAAAUUAACUCUUCAACAUGGAAAGUAUGGAGAAGAAAGACGAGAGGCCCAAGGGUGGCGUUAUCACCAUGCCCUUCAUUUUCGCAAAUGAGGUGUGUGAGAAGCUGGCAGUGGUGGGAUUUGGGACGAACAUGAUAAGCUAUUUGACGCUGCAGCUUCAUAUGCCCAUCACCAAGGCCGCCAACACUCUCACCAACUUCGGUGGCACCGCCAGCCUCACGCCGCUGCUGGGCGCCUUCCUCGCCGACGCCUUCGCCGGCCGCUUUUGGACCAUCACCGUCGCUUCCAUCAUUUACCAAAUUGGAAUGACAAGCUUGACGAUAUCGGCGGUGUUGCCGCGGCUGAGGCCUCCGCCAUGCAAGCCGGACGAACUGUGCCAACAAGCCGACUCCGGCCAGCUAGCAAUCCUCUACGUCUCGCUCCUCCUGACGGCGCUCGGGGCGGGCGGGAUCCGGCCCUGCGUGGUGGCGUUCGGGGCGGACCAGUUCGACGAAACGGAUCCGAAGCAAAAAACCAAGACCUGGAAAUUCUUCAACUGGUACUACUUCUGCAUGGGCGCUUCGAUGCUCGUUGCGGUGACGGUAAUUGUGUAUAUUCAGGACAAUAUCGGGUGGGGCUGGGGGCUGGGAAUCCCUACGAUCGCCAUGUUUCUGUCGAUAAUCACGUUCAUUUUCGGGUACCCGUUGUACCGGAAUUUGGACCCCUCCGGGAGCCCCUUUACCCGGCUAGUUCAGGUUUGUGUGGCGGCGUUCAGGAAGAGGAAUCUGGGGAUGGUUUCGGAUCCGAAAUUGCUGUACGAGAACGACGAGCUCGAUGCUUCUAUCUCCGUUGCCGGAAGGCUUCUUCACUCCAAAAACUUCAAGUUCUUGGACAAGGCGGCGAUCGUGACCGGGGAAGACAACCCGAAAUCGCCGAACCUAUGGCGGCUGAACACGGUGCACCGAGUGGAGGAGCUGAAAUCGGUGAUCAGAAUGGGGCCGAUAUGGGCGGCCGGAAUCCUGCUGAUCACCGCCUACGCCCAGCAGAACACCUUCUCCCUGCAGCAAGCCAAGACCAUGGACCGCCACCUCACCCACUCCUUCCAGAUCCCCGCCGGCUCCAUGACCGUCUUCACCAUGAGCUCCAUGCUCGCCACCAUCGCCUUCUACGACCGCCUCUUCAUCCCCGCCGUCCGCCGCCUCACCGGCCUCGACCGCGGCAUCUCCUUCCUCCACCGCAUGGGCAUCGGCUUCGUCAUCUCCAUCCUCGCUACCCUCGUCGCCGGCUUCGUCGAAAUCAAGCGAAAGCACGCGGCCGCCGCCUCCGGCCUCAUGGACAAGCCCUAUUCCAUCAUACCCAUUUCGGUCUUCUGGCUGGUGCCGCAGUACACCCUCCACGGCAUCGCCGAGGCGUUCAUGUCCAUCGGGCACCUCGAGUUCUUCUACGACCAGGCGCCGGAGAGCAUGAAGAGCACGGCCAUGGCGCUGUUUUGGACGGCAAUUUCAAUCGGGAAUUACGUGAGUACGCUGCUGGUUUCGCUGGUGCACAAGUUCAGCGCCGGCGCCGGCGGGGAGAAUUGGCUGCCGGACAAUAACUUGAACAAGGGGAGGUUGGAGUAUUUCUACUGGCUGAUCACGUUGCUACAGAUUCUGAACCUGUGUUACUACUUGUGCUGUGCGAAAAUCUACACUUAUAAGCCCAUUGAGAUCAGGAGGGGAGAAGGUCACGGGGGCGAGGGUGAGCCCGCGAAUGCAGACGACGAUGGACUUCAACUUGCUAGGCACGUUUAGCUACUUACUGUGUCUUCAGUCUUCCCACUGUAUUAAGUUUUUUUGGGGAUCUCUCUUCUCUGUCUGGAUAUGAUAUAAUAUAAUAUAUAUAGCCUAAUUUACUAAUUCAAAACAA